GUUUUUUUUUUUUGUUGUUGCUUUUAUUCCUAUUUAUUUAUUUGUUGUGCCUUUUUUAUCUAAAAGAUAAAACAGAUAUAUAGACUGAUUAUAGCUAGCGAAGCAGCUAUAUACGUGAAUGUGAUUUUCGUUUGUGCUUUCUAUUUCGUUGUUUUUGUCGUUGUUGUUUUGGUCAUUUGAAGAUCGAUCGAAAUUGUAACAGAAAUCGAAGCGAUCGAAAUCGUUUGAUUGUUCGCGACGCGUUUCAACGUCAAACGUCGGCGAGAAAAGUUGGUCAAGUGGGCAAAAAAUAAACCCACACGCGCAACACACAAAAACUAGGCCACACACAAACACACACACACACACACACAGAGACUAAUACACUCGCAAAGUGGAGAAGACACAGGCGCCGAGUCGCCUCCGCAAGGUGGUGCGUGUGGUGCGCCGCAAGAAGCGCACCGCCCUCAACGAUGCCAGCGAAUCGGAUGGCGCCGGUGAAACGGCCCCUGGAAGUGCUGCCCCCAACUCUCAACAGCAACAGCAGCAGCAACAUUAUUACAAUGCACCCAUAGCGGAGAUUGAGGCAGUGCGUGCGGCACAUGAGGCAGCGGCCGCUGUGGCAGCCAGCACCAGUCGACCUUGGACACCGAUGCCGCCGCGCAAGCCACAAGUCGCCAGCAAAUGCAAAACCAAAUGCAAAGCAGCCAAAACCAAAGCCAACAAGACAACAACAACUAAGUCUGCAACUAGCGGCAAUUCGAAAACUGGCAAAAAACAAUCGAAGCGCGACUCGUCGAACUCGAGCGAUGGAGAUGGAAGCACAAGCACCGAUGAGGAGACAACGGCUGAUAAUGCCACAGCAACGACGUCAUCAACAACACCGACGAGCAGCAACAACUCCUCCUCCUCCGCCUCAUCGUCGGACAGCUCCUCAUCAUCAUCAUCGUCGUCUUCAUCAACAACAUCGCCCAGCUCAUCGACAACACGUCGUCGUCCAGUGAAGGCGACGGCGGCGGUGGCGGCGGCGGCGAAUGGCAAAUCGACCAGCAGCAGCUUGGUGGGCGCCUCGUCGUCGUCUGCCUCGCUGCUGGCCGCGCUCAAGAAGCCAAAGCUGCAGACGCGCAGCAGCACGGCUUCGAUGGGCAAGCAGUACAAGGAUCCAAGUACAAACUAGCUUACUACUUCCCACUUCCUUUCUCCCCAUGCAGUUCCCAAUCCCUAAACUAGACUAGCUUAGUACUUUCCUUGUCUUACUUCCAUUUCAUUUUAUCUCACUAGCUUACUCCUUUACUUUCCUUCCACGAAGUAGACUAGCUUACUACUUUCCUUUUCCCCCAAUUCCAUUCCUAACUCACAAACUAGCUUUAUACUUUCCUUUCUCUCUAUUCCAUUCCAAAACCCCCAAACUAGACUACUGCUACUUCUUUCCAUUCCAAACCCCCAAACUAGACUACUGCUACUUCUUUCCAUUCCUUCCCCCAUUUGAUUCCAAUGCACAAACUAGACGAGCCUACUACUUCCCCUACUACCUUUCCUCAUUUAAAUCCUAACCCACAAACUAUCUUACUACUUUCCUUGCCUUCCCCCUAUACCAUUCAAAACCCCCUAACUAGACUAACUAACAACUUCAGCCCUUACCGUUCCCCAUUCCAUUUCUAACCCUCAAUCUAGACUAGACUUCCUUAUUUCCAUUCCAUUCCAAACUCCCAAACUUGACUAGCUUAUCAUUUGCCUUCUUCUCCCCUAUAUCAUCCCAAAUCCCCAAACUAGACUAACUUACAACUUCUUCCCUUACCCUCCAUUCCAAACCCACAACCUACGCUUCUCCUAAUUACUUACUGCGCUUCGUCGCCCGUCUUGACAAACACUCACAUACAGUGCAUUCGCUUCGACGACCUCCACCUCAACCUCACAUGGCAACGCCACGCCACGCCCAUAUCAGCAUUUACCUUGCCUCCCCCCCCACACACACACACACACACAUCACUUUGUGCAUCUCCCGAGUGGCAGAUGGGGCAAAGCAGCUGCUGCGACGUCGUCGUCGUCGUUGUCGUUGAAACUUGUGCUUAUGCCAACAUUAAUUAUAAAUGAAAUAAAAUCAAAUUAAAUAGAUUCCUCUCUAUAGACAGCGCGAUUGCCAUUGGGCCGAUCACGUAAAGCAGCACGGGCAGCGCAGCUCCUCUCUCUCUCUCUCUCUCUCUCUCUUUCUCUCUCUUACCUCGCUACUGAAUACAAUGAAGAAAGAAUCCCCCACAAACAUUUUCACCACAAACCAUAACAAAAUUCCAAAUCUAAUAAUUCAAAACAUGAUAAAGAUAUGUCACAUAAAUAAAUUAUAGCAAUUUGCUAUAUUAACUGAAAUGCGAUAACAUUCCAAAAGUGCUAAAAAAAAAAUUUUAAAAAAUUGUAAUCUAAUUACAAUAGUUAUGUAUAUGAAAAGAAAAGCUUAAAUCAAAUACAAGAUUAAUAUUGAUAAACAAUCCACUUAAAUAAAUUAUACCAUAAACUAAAUGCUAUAACUUUCCAAAAGAUAGAUAGAAAUAGUAAUCUAAUAAAUACUAAAAUAAUGUUUCCAAUCAACAAAUUAAAAAAAAAAAAAAAAAAAAAAU